AUGAAUCUGAUUGUGAAACUUCGUAGAAGUUUCCGAACACUUGUAAUUCUCUUAGCCACGUUCUGUUUGGUGAGCAUAGUCAUUUCUGCUUAUUACUUGUAUACAGGUCACAAGCAAGAAAUAGCCCUCAUUGAUACCACAGGAGGGGUAGAGUGUGAGGACCUUAAGCUUUUACCGUACAGGUCAAUGGAACUUAAAAUGGUGAAGCCGAUUGAUCCAUCUAGAACUGACCCUACGGUCCUGCUCUUUGUUGAAAGCCAGUAUUCUCAGCUCGGCCAAGACAUCAUAGCAAUCCUGGAGUCAAGUCGAUUUCAGUAUCAGAUGGUGAUUGCGUCGGGGAAAGGAGACAUUCCUCCACUGGCGGAUAAUGGCAAAGGGAAAUACAUCCUUGUAAUAUAUGAAAAUAUUUUGAAGUACACGUUCAUGGAUUCAUGGAACAGAGAACUUCUAGAAAAAUACUGUGUGGAAUACAGUGUUAGCAUAAUUGGUUUUCAUAAAGCCAAUGAGAACAGCAUGUCAAGCACUAAACUCAAAGGAUUUCCAUUACAUCUCUACAACAACGCGGCUCUGCAAGACUGCUUAGUAAACCCCCAGUCUCCUCUGCUGCACAUAACCAAAGCCCCAAGGGUUGAGAAAGGCCCCUUACCUGGUGAUGACUGGACUGUUUUCCAAUUUAAUCACUCCACUUACCAACCAGUGCUUUUAACAGAAUUUCAGGCUUCCAAACCAUUCCCAGCAUCACUGCCGAAGGUUUCUCUUUAUGCUACAGUGAUUCAGGACCUGGGACUUCAUGAUGGGAUUCAAAGAGUCCUUUUUGGAAACAACUUGAACUUUUGGCUGCACAAACUCAUUUUUAUAGAUGCCGUCUCCUUCUUGACAGGGAAGAGGCUUACAUUGUCCUUGGAUAGAUACAUUCUUGUUGACAUUGAUGACAUCUUUGUGGGGAAGGAAGGGACAAGGAUGAACGUAAAAGAUGUGAAGGCCUUACUAGAGACUCAAAUUUUACUACGCACUCAGGUUGCAAAUUUUACCUUCAACCUUGGAUUUUCAGGAAAGUUUUACCACACAGGAACCAUUGAGGAGGAUGAAGGUGAUGAUCUAUUGCUGAGUUCUGUGGAUGAAUUCUGGUGGUUUCCUCAUAUGUGGAGCCAUAUGCAACCUCAUCUCUUCCAUAAUGAGUCAUCCCUAGUGGAACAGAUGAUUCUCAACAAGGAAUUUGCACUAGAACAUGGUAUUCCAAUUGACUUGGGCUAUGCAGUGGCCCCUCACCAUUCCGGCGUCUACCCUGUUCACAUUCAGCUUUAUGAAGCCUGGAAGAAAGUCUGGGGUAUUAAAGUCACCAGCACUGAAGAGUACCCUCAUCUGAAACCUGCACGGUACAGACGGGGCUUCAUCCACAAUGGCAUCAUGGUACUCCCUCGACAGACAUGUGGACUUUUCACCCAUACAAUAUUUUACAAAGAAUAUCCUGGAGGGCCUCAAGAAUUAGACAAAAGCAUCCAAGGAGGAGAACUGUUUCUUACCAUCCUUCUUAAUCCCAUCAGUAUCUUCAUGACUCACUUGUCUAACUACGGGAAUGACCGGCUAGGUUUAUACACAUUUGUCAAUCUGGCCAGCUUUGUUCAAAGCUGGACCAACCUGAAGCUGCAGACCUUACAUCCAGUUCAGCUGGCUCACAAGUACUUUGAGCUCUUCCCUGAGCAAAAAGAUCCACUCUGGCAGAAUCCAUGUGAUGACAGACGUCAUCUGGAUAUCUGGUCUAGAGAUAAAACUUGUGACCACCUACCCAAAUUUCUUGUGAUUGGACCCCAGAAAACAGGAACAACAGCACUUUAUUUAUUUCUCCUUAUGCAUCCUUCCAUCAUUAGCAAUCUCCCUAGUCCAAAAACCUUUGAAGAAGUUCAAUUCUUUAAUGGAAACAACUAUCACAAGGGAAUCGACUGGUAUAUGGAUUUUUUCCCUACCCCAUACAACAUCACCACUGAUAUCUUGUUUGAGAAAAGUGCCAACUACUUUCACUCAGAAGAUGCUCCGAAACGUGCAGUCUCCUUGAUUCCCAAGGCAAAAAUCAUCACCAUUCUUAUUGAUCCAUCAGACCGAGCUUACUCCUGGUAUCAGCAUCAGCGUUCUCAUCAGGACUCUGCUGCCCUGAAGUUCAAUUUCUAUGAAGUGGUUACUUCAGAUGACUGGGCACCCUCUGAGCUAAAGGCUCUACAGAAAAGAUGUUUGAUCCCUGGCUGGUAUGCUAUCCAUAUAGAAAGAUGGCUGACAAACUUCCCCACUUCACAGUUGCUAAUUAUCGAUGGACAGCAACUAAGAAGUGACCCAGCUACUAUAAUGGAUGAAGUUCAGAAAUUUCUAGGAGUUUCUCCUCACUAUAACUAUUCUGAAGCCCUGACGUUUGACCCUCAGAAAGGGUUUUGGUGUCAGCUGCUGGAAGGAGGAAAGACAAAAUGCCUGGGAAAAAGCAAAGGCCGAAAAUACCCACCAAUGGAUCAAGAGUCGAGGGCCUUCCUCUCAAACUACUACAGAGAUCACAAUGUGGAACUGUCCAAAUUGCUGCACAGACUGGGACAACCUUUGCCAUCCUGGCUAAGACAAGAGCUUCAGAAAGUGAGAUAGCACAGAGAGAG